UUCUCCCUCUUUUCCCCCUCAUCCCGCCUCUCUGCUGCCCGUCUACUCGCUGAAGGCAUCAGACUGCUUCGUGUUGGUAUCAGAAGGGUCCUCUCCCAAAAUGGGCGCUUCUAAUCCAUCCCUGUCCGCUCUGGACGGCCCAACUUAUGUCACUGCCCAAACCCUGAUUCAGCAAGUCGCCUAUGUCCUGAGCGACAAGAUAUUCUCCUAUUCUCCGGAUUCCUUCGAUUUGGAUGCCGCUUUUCGAGAAUGGACCGCUGACCGGGAAUUGAAUGCCAAUGGCGAGACUCCUGUUGUGAAGACCAUGGAGACUCGUCAGGGUGCUGGCAACAUUGCCCUGGGCUACCUAUUCUCUCCGGAUUUCAAUCUGAAGAAGCGCCAUGUUCCCCAAAGCAUUGUCGCCUCGUCUGCCACACUCCCGUAUAUGCGGCCGGCUCUGGAACAAUUGUCUCUUCUGUACUCAGUUGCCAGUCCGGUCGUAGCACAUGUGGCGGCUGUGGACUAUGUAGCUGACCGCGGCUUGGUUACCGACUAUGCCUCUGCUCUCUCCCUCUCAGAAGAGCUUGGGCUUGGAUUGGUCUCCAGCGCUUCCGUGCAUGAGGCACAGCACAUGGCUUUAUUUGCCACUCUACUGUCAUCUGUUCUUCCAUCGGUCCAUACCUUCGACGGCGUUCGCGUUGGGAGGGAAGCCACUCGAGUCAUCGAUGUCCUCAACAAGAACAGCCUCGCACAUGCUUAUGAGUCUGUUCGUAAAACGCUUGACGAUUCCCGUAGCCGCCACCUUGAUGUGCAGGGCAAGGCGCUGGAGAUCCUCCAGUCCCUGAACGGCGAAUUGGGCACAGAAUACGGCUUCUUUGAAUACCACGGCCAUGAAGAACCCACCUCGGUCCUCGUCGUUUUUGGAACAGUCGAAGCAUCUCUCGCUGCGCAGAUUGCACGCUCCUUGGCCAAGGAUGGUGUUCGCAUCGGUGUCGUGAACGUUCGUGUUUACCGCCCAUUUGUGGAGGAAGAGUUCUUGCGCAUUCUCCCACACUCAACAAAGACCAUUGGUAUUCUUGGUCAGGUUGCCGACGAUCAGGCUGUGCAAGAGGAAGGAAUCCAUUCUGCACUUUAUGAGGAUAUCCUUGCUACCCUGACUUUCGCUUCGAACCGUGCUGAAACCCGGACUACCGUGGAAAUAAAAUAUCCCCGUUCACAGUCCUGGUCUCCAGUCAACAUGGCUGCAGUGUUUCAGCGCAUUUUUGAAAAGCCACUCUUGCCCGUGGGUAAUGCGAACAGCAAGUCUGUUCCCCUGCAGCUUAUUGAUCCUGAAACGGUGCAGCAGUACGUCUUCUGGGAUGUUGACAACUCUGCUUCUGAUGAAGCCACCUCUGUCCUCGCUCAGGGCUUGGCGGCUGAUUCAGCGAGCAAUAUUUCUAUUAGCAAGACUUAUGACAACCUUAUCCAAGGUGGAGUGGUCCGCGUUGACAUCCGCAAGAGCUCCAAGAUCUUGGAUAUUCCUUACCCCAUCGUAACUGCCGAUGUCGCAUAUAUUGGAGAUAUCAAGCUUCUGGGUGAAAUUGAUGUUCUUGCCUCUGUGAAGGACGGCGGCAGUGUAAUUGCGAACGCUCCUGGAAUUAAGGAUGAUGAACUUGAAAAGAAGCUCCCCGCAGUUUUCAGGAAGGAAAUUGCGCAGCGUGGCCUUGCAUUCUAUAUCGUGGACCCGUCAGCUACCAGUGAUGCUUCUCCGGAACCUCUUGUACUGCAAGCCGCUUUUCUGCGUGUAGCCUUGCCUUCUCAGGAGGGUCUGGUGUCGAGGAAGCUUUCUUCUGUCAACGGAAAAGGUGAAGCUCUGGACCUCGUCAUUAAGGAUCUCCAGAACAUACUUCGCCGUGUCGAGAUCCCAGAGGCAUGGAAGACUCCCGAGGACGAGACUGGGGCUCCUCAUCUUUCCAGGGAUAUUUCUCCCACCAGCUUUGUUCCGUUUGACAAGAAGGAAGCUGAGCCUCCUUCUCUUCUCAAGAACUGGCAAGUUGCCGCUAAGGGCCUGGCCUUUAAGGAGGCUUACGGUACAAGGACCGCUCUUCGACCGGAUUUGGCUACCAAGACGUUUGCUGUUCAUGUUAAGGAGAACAGGAGACUCACCCCUGUCACUUAUGAUAGGAACAUUUUCCAUAUUGAAUUCGACCUGGGUGACUCGGGACUUACCUAUGAGAUCGGUGAAGCGCUUGGUAUUCACGCUGAAAAUAACCACGAGGAUGUCGUGGCGUUUAUCGAGUUCUAUGGCCUUAACCCCGAUGCUAUUGUUGAGAUUCCAAGUCGCGAGGAUCCUGCUGUACUGGAGAACCGCACUGUUUACCAGGCACUGGUACAGAACAUUGACAUCUUCGGUCGCCCGCCCAAGCGCUUCUAUGAAGCGCUUGCUGAAUUCGCUACCGACGAAAGGGAGAAGAAGGACCUGCUCGCCUUGGCUAGCCCCGAGGGAGCUGCGGAAUUCAAGCGUCGCGCGGAGGUCGACACCGUGACUUACGCUGACAUCCUCCUCGAGUUCCCGUCCGCGCAUCCUGACUUCCACGACAUCAUCCGUAUCGUGAGCCCCCUGAAACGCCGCGAAUACUCGAUUGCCUCCUGCCAGAAGGUCAAUCCUACCACAGUGGCACUGAUGAUUGUUGCCGUGAAUUGGACCGAUCCUCGUGGCCGCGACCGCUUCGGCCUGGCCACUCGCUACCUCAGCAGUCUCCGCCCCGGCACUCCCAUCACAGUCAGCGUUAAAUCAAGUGUGAUGAAGCUUCCACCGAAGUCUACGCAGCCCAUCAUCAUGGCCGGACUUGGUACAGGUCUUGCUCCCUUCCGCGCCUUUGUGCAGCACCGAGCUCUGGAGAAAGCCCAAGGGAAGGAAAUCGGGUCUGUGCUGCUGUACAUGGGCUCUCGUCACCAACGCGAGGAGUACUGCUACGGUGAAGAAUGGGAGGCUUAUCAGGAGGCGGGCGUUAUCACCCUCCUGGGCCGUGCGUUCUCCCGAGACCAGCCUCAGAAGAUCUAUAUUCAGGACCGUAUGCGUCAGACUCUGCCCGAAAUUAUGCAGGCGUACAUCCGCGAAGAGGGUGCGUUCUACCUCUGUGGUCCCACAUGGCCAGUGCCGGAUGUGACGGCCGUGUUGGAGGAGGCGAUUGCGACGGAAGGGAAGCGCCUCGGGAAGAAGGUCGACACUAGAAGGGAAAUUGAGAAGCUGAAGGAUGAGGAAAGAUACGUUCUGGAAGUUUACUAGUCCACGAUCUUGUUGUGGAAAUGUGUCUAUAUAUCUAUAUAUCUAUAUAGACUUUUUAUUCUAUCAUCAUGGACUUCCCUUUCUGGAGGCCAUCAUAAGCUGCUCAACCUCUGUGUCACGGUGCAUGCACUUGUGCCAGAUAACCACCUGGGCUUUACGGCUUGAGGAUAACCAUCAUAGGUGGGAUUUCUGGCGAUACGCCUAACUAGGAAGAGGCGGAAAUCCCUGUUCAUUUCUGCGUCUGUGCAUCCAAUUGGAGGUAUCUAAAUACCUAGAUAGACGCUGAACUUUUGACGUUCCAUUGCAUUCAUCGGCUGGAUGACACACGAGGUGCAGUUUAGGUUAAACUUUCCUAGGGUUUCCUCGCCGGGCUUAUCAGCAUCGUGAUGAUC